CGGCCUGAGGAGAGCUCUGCUACGAUGGCUGCCGUGCCGGGCUGUCCUCACAACGCCUGCUCAGGAACUCCGUGAGGCCGCAUCGAGGCCGAGCUUCUGGACCGGCUGCUGACUCUAGGGAGUCGUCUCCGCACUGCUGCUCCAGGCUCGCGGUCAGGCGGUCUGCGUUCUCCCCCACCCCCAGGGGAGGGCGGGUCCGGCGGCGCGCGGACAGCCCGGCGCGAGGCCCCGCGGCUCCGGUGGGGACGUCGCUGCGGGCGGCACUGCUGCUGGCGUCCAAGAUGUCGACCAAGAAUUUCCGAGUUAGUGACGGGGACUGGAUCUGCCCUGACAAGAAGUGUGGAAAUGUAAACUUCGCCAGAAGAACCAGCUGUAACAGAUGUGGUCGAGAGAAGACAACUGAGGCCAAGAUGAUGAAAGCUGGGGGAACAGAAAUAGGAAAGACACUGGCAGAGAAGAGCCGAGGCUUAUUUAGUGCCAAUGAUUGGCAGUGCAAAACUUGCAGUAAUGUGAAUUGGGCUAGAAGAUCAGAGUGUAACAUGUGUAAUACUCCAAAGUAUGCUAAAUUAGAAGAAAGAACAGGAUAUGGAGGUGGUUUUAAUGAAAGAGAGAACGUUGAAUACAUAGAAAGAGAAGAAUCUGAUGGGGAAUAUGAUGAGUUUGGACGUAAAAAGAAAAAAUACAGGGGGAAGGCAGUUGGUCCUGCAUCUAUAUUAAAGGAAGUUGAAGAUAAAGAAUCAGAGGGAGAAGAAGAGGAUGAGGAUGAAGAUCUCUCUAAAUAUAAGCUAGAUGAGGACGAGGAUGAAGAUGAUGCUGAUCUCUCAAAAUAUAAUCUUGAUGCCAGUGAAGAGGAAGAUAGUAACAAAAAGAAAAGCAAUAGGCGGAGCCGCUCAAAGUCUCGAUCGUCUCACUCAAGGUCUUCAUCACGCUCAUCCUCCCCCUCAAGUUCAAGGUCCAGGUCCAGGUCCCGUUCAAGAAGCUCUUCCAGCUCGCAGUCCAGGUCUCACUCCGGUUCCAGAGAACAUUCCAGAUCCCGUGGUUCGAAAUCAAGAUCCAGCUCCAGGUCCACAGGGGCUCUUCUUCCCCAAGAAAAAGAUCUUACUCGAGUUCUUCAUCAUCUCCUGAAAGAGACAGGAAGAGGAGUCGCUCUAGACCUUCUUCACCAGCUGUUCGCAAAAAAAGACGAACGAGAUCACGGUCACCCGAAAGGCACCACAGGUCGUCUCCGGAUCAACCCAUUCUGGUUCCCGUUCAAGUUCAAAAAAGAAAUAAUGUAUUAAAAUUUACAUCUUUAAAAAACAUUGAGUACAGUGCAUGAAGCAUAUUUUUUAGGAAGUUGAUGUCUCAUUUGGUCAGAAGUACUACAUCUGCUAGUAGAGGUGCAUGCCUUUAUUGCUUUUCAAAACAAUAAAACUGUUCAUUUGUGAAACUGAAAGUAAAUUGCAUUUUAAGCCAUACUGUUCCCCAGAUAAAUGCUCUGUCCAUUAUUUACAACCAUUUACUUCGUUUAAAACCAUCCUAGCAAUAACGGAGUACUUUUGUUUCCUACUUUAAAUCCUGUCCUUUUCAUUUCUAAAUGUUCUAUUGGCAGAGACGGUUGCCUGGGCUUGCCUGAACUUCAGACACAUGGGCAAAGCUAGUAAGCUAGUUGGAAUAACCAGUUCAUGUUCAUGUGGGAGUAGUAGUCAACCUGGUUAUGUUAUUUACCUAUGCAGUAAUUUCUUACCAGAGGUAAACUACAUUGCAAAGCUGACAACUGGGAACAAGCUGAGGGUGCCUUAGAAUCAUUGUCUCUUACCAGCUUUACACCUCUUAAUGCAAGAGGAUUGUAGAAAUUACAGAAGGAAAGGGAAGGUUAACCACAUAUUACUUCAAAAUGUCUUUCUCAAAGUUUAAGAAAUGUGGAUAUCCUUUAAAUAAAUCUAGUUACCAAAUGUUGUACUUGAUUGAUAAAAGAUUUUUAAAAAGGCUAAAUCAUAGUUAAUGAGCCAAUUGACGAGAGCUUUUGAAACUUGUUUCUCAGUGGCAGGCUAACAAAGACAUGAAUUUAAGUGAACAUUUGCCUUGUGAUGUCUGAUUUUUAACAUUGUAGAUAUCUAAGUAACAGAAGAAUUCUUACUUCCCCACAAUUUAAGCAAAAUCAUUUUUCUCACCUGAAAAAAAAAAAAACAUAUGGCUUAAAAUGCUUUCAGAGUUUUAUUUCUCAAAUUAAAAUCUGGUCACUUGAGAUCCAUUUUGUUCUCUGGUUUAAAAGUUAUAAGGUUUCUCUUAACAGUCUUUUCAGCAGCAAAAGCAAGGUAAGUAUAUAAGGGACAACAGUUAUGCUGGGACUCCUUGUGAGGGAAUUACUUCCUGUUUCUCCUUUAGUAUUUGUCUGCUGCAGUUUAAAUAUAAGUAAAGCCUUCUGAGAUGUUUAGUAGACAGAUCAAACGAAAUGUUUUUAUUUUAAAGUGAGUGUUUUUCUUCUCAACUGAUCUAAAGAUGAAAACAAAAUAUCGUACGUAGAAAUAUUUUGGUAAUAUUUUUACAAGCUUUCCUGUGUUUUUUGUCUUAUUUUCCUUGCUGCAUUUACUGUAGGUUGCACACGAACUCUUACUCUCUUGUAAUUGUGCCUCAGACUUCUCGAAAGUCGACUUUCUGAGUUGCCCAGAUCUUCUAGAUCCGACGUGUUAGCCUUGGUUUGUUUUUGUGCUUUCUGUAUUUAAAACUUGAGCUGUACUAGGCAAAUGCAAGAUUAUAAAUUUAGCUAAUAGGAGUUUUCAAACAGUUCAGAUGAUUAUGAUUUGAUUUGGUUUAAUUGAGCUGUACUAGUUCAUUUCAUAAGGAAAUGAUACUGUAGACAAAUGUAAAUAAAAUCUGUGAGUCAACCAUCAAGUGUUGUUUAUUAGAAAUAAACUAGAAUGUUCUAAGCUUUGA